CGGGCGGCGUUGCCAUUGCGACGGCGAGGAGCGGGGCGCGGCCCGCCAUGGCGGAGCCGGAGAGCCUGGAGACGACGGCCGAGCACGAGCGGAUCCUGCGCGAGGUGGACAGCACCGACACGGCCUGCCUCGGACCCACCCUCAGGUCUGUCUAUGACGGGGCGGAACAUGGGCGCUUCAUGGAGAAGCUGGACGCUCGCAUCCGCAACCACGACCGGGAGAUCGAGAAGAUGUGCAACUUCCAUUAUCAGGGCUUUGUGGACUCCAUCACGGAGUUCCUGAAGGUCCGGGCAGAGGCCCAGAAGCUCAAGAAUCAAGUCACGGAUACGAAUCGGAAGCUGCAGCUGGAUAGCAAGCAACUGGUGGGCGCCAUGGAGGAGCUGAGGCAGUGCCGGCUGCAGCAGAGGAACAUCUCUGCCACGGUGGACAAGCUCAGCCAGUGCCUUCCCGUUCUGGAGAUGGAGAGCAAGUUGAGGGAGCAGAUGAAGUCCAAACGGCAUUACCCCGCCCUGAAGACCCUGGAGCACCUGGAGCGCAUGUGCCUGCCCCAGCUCAGCCACUACGGCUUCUGCAAGAUCAUGGUGGAGAACAUCCCGAAAUUGCGCCAGGAGAUCAAGGACGUCUCCAUCUCCGACCUCAAGGACUUCCUGGAGAGCAUCCACAAGCACUCGGACAAGAUCGGGGAGACGGCAAUGAAGCAGGCCCAGCAGCAGAGGAGCCUGGACGGCCUGGUGGGGCAGCCCUCGAGGGCCGGGGGCCGCCGGGGCAGGAGAGAGGCUGGCGGGAAUUCAGGCCCGGAGCUCAAGAACGCCAGUCCGAUCUCCGAGCGGGAUUCUGGGAUCCUGGAUGUGGAAGAGGAGGAAGAGGAAGAGGUGCCGGGUGCUCAGGAUCUGGUGGAUUUCUCCCCCGUCUACCGCUGCUUCCACAUCUACUCCGUGCUGGGAGCCCGAGAGGCCUUUGAGAGCUACUACCGGAAGCAGAGGAGGAAGCAGGCCCGGCUGGUUCUGCAGCCCCCCUCCAACAUGCACGAAACCCUCUCCGGCUACCGGAAGUAUUUUAAUCAGAUUGUAGGCUUCUUCGUCAUUGAGGACCACGUCCUGCACACGAGCCAAGGCCUGGUGGACAGAGCCUACGUCGACGAGCUCUGGGACAUGGCCCUCUCCAAGACCAUCGCGGCCCUCCGGACGCAUUCGUCCUACUGCUCUGAUCCAGACCUGGUCUUGGACCUGAAAAACCUCAUCGUGCUUUUUGCUGACACUCUCCAGGCCGACGGCUUCCCUGUCAGCCAGCUCUUCGACCUGCUCUUGGAGAUCCAGGACCAGUACAGGGAGACGCUGCUGAAGAAAUGGGCAGGAGCCUUCAGGAGCAUCCUGGACUCGGACACCUACAGCCCCGUCUCGGUGGCAGACCAGGAAGAGUAUGAGAAGCUGGUGGGGCAGUUUCCCUUCCACGAUGCGGAGCUGGAGAAGCAGCCAUUCCCCAGGAAGUUCCCCUUCUCCGAACUGGUGCCUCAGAUCUACAACCAGAUCAAGGAAUUUAUCUACGCCUGCCUGAAGUUCUCGGAAGACCUUCACCUGAGCUCCACGGAGGUGGACGACAUGAUCCGGAAAUCGACCAAUUUGUUGUUGACUCGGACUCUGAGCGGCUGCUUGCAGAACGUCAUUCGGAGGAAGAACGUGGGCCUGACCGAGCUGGUCCAGAUAAUUAUCAACACUACACAUUUGGAAAGAUCCUGUCGAUUCCUGGAAGAAUUCAUCACCAACAUCACCAACGUCCUUCCAGAGACCGUCCACACUACGAAGCUUUAUGGAACGGCCACUUUCAAGGACGGCCGCCACGCUGCCGAGGAGGAGAUCUACACUAACCUGAACCAAAAGAUUGACCAGUUCUUGCAACUUGCAGAUUAUGACUGGAUGGCCGCGGAAGCCCCCCCCAAGGCCAGUGGCUACCUGGUGGACCUCAUUGCUUUCUUGCGCAGCACCUUUGCUGUCUUCACACACCUGCCCGGGAAGGUGGCCCAGACGGCCUGCAUGUCUGCCUGCAAGCACCUCUCCACCUCUCUGAUGCAGCAGCUGCUGGAGGCUGAAGUCCGUCAGCUGUCCCUGGGCGCCCUGCAGCUCUUCAGCCUGGACGUGGCCGCCUGCGAAGAGUUUGCCAGAUCCGGGCCGGUGCCUGGGUUCCAGGGGGACACGCUGCUUCUGGCCUUCAUCGACUUGAGACAACUGCUGGACCUCUUCCUCCAGUGGGACUGGUCGACGUACCUGGCCGACUACGGGCAGCCCACCUGCAAGUACCUCCGGGUGAAUCCCACGACCGCGCUGGCCUUGCUGGAAAAGAUGAAGGACACCAGCCGCAAGAACAACGUCUUCGCCCAGUUCCGGAAGAACGAGAGGGACAAGCAGAAGCUGAUUGAGGCCGUGGCCAAGCAGCUGCGUAUCCUCAUCAGCACCAGCCACCAUUCCUGAGGGGCCACGAGACCCCUGGGGGGCCCUGGGUGGGUGGAGGGGGGCUUGCAAAGCGGGGCCUGUGCCCAGGUACAAUGGGGAAGCGGGCGCAGCGGCUCCAGGGAACCAGCGUGGCAGCCGGAGGAUCGGUGGGAUGCAGCAUGUGGGACUGCUUAGUGGUGGCUCGCUUGGGAAAGACUGCUGCUGGAGCUGGAAGCUCAGAGCCCCAGAGAGCCUUCCUGGAAGGCCAAGGGGCCCAUCAGCACUUCCGGCUUCCUAGACGCACCUUGGCAAUGAAGCACUAAUGCAGGGUGUCCGACCUCGGCCACUUUAAGAGUUUUGGACUUCAGUUCCCAGAAUUCCCUGGUCAGCCUGGCUGGCUGGGGAAUUCUGGGAGCUGAAGUCCCCAAGUCUUAAGGUGACCAAAGUUGGACGCUUCUGGUUUAAAGGGAACAAUUUACACUUUCAAAGGGAAACAUUUACAAGAAACACCCCUGUGGGGUGCCCAGACCCCCCCCCCCUUCAGCCCCCAUUCUCUCUCCUUUCCCCUCUUCCUCCUCUGGCCGCAUUUGAAACAC